AUGAACAGUCCCGUUACAUCCAUCAAGCUGGUCUUACUGGGGGAAGCUGCUGUGGGCAAAAGUUCGAUCGUUUUGCGAUUUGUAUCGAACGAUUUCGCGGAAAAUAAGGAACCAACGAUCGGUGCAGCUUUUCUCACUCAACGGGUCAACAUGGGCGACCACACGAUCAAAUUUGAGAUCUGGGACACUGCAGGACAGGAGCGGUUUGCAUCACUUGCUCCCAUGUACUACAGAAAUGCACAGGCCGCACUGGUGGUGUACGAUGUGACAAAACCGCAAUCUUUCAUCAAAGCCCGUCACUGGGUCAAGGAACUGCAUGAACAAGCCUCAAAGGAUAUAGUCAUUGCACUGGUCGGAAACAAACUCGAUAUGAUCGAAGCAGGCGCCGAACGGAAGGUGGCGCGCGAAGAAGCGGAAAAUUUGGCACAGGAAGAGAACCUUUUAUUUUUCGAAACUAGUGCCAAGACGGGCGACAACGUCAACGAAGUGUUUUUGGGUAUAGGCCAAAAGAUUCCGCUCAAAACGGCGCAGAACCAAACACAGAAUGGCGGCCGUGGUUCUUCUGGUCUGCGCGUCAACGACGACUCACGAAUCGAUUUGAGAUCCGGAAACCCAUCAACAUCAGCUAGUAGCUGCAAUUGCUAG